CGAUUUAUCUACCAAGUUUCCUUUUAUAGAAAUAAUUAUAUAGCAAUGAAGUUGCCGAACCCAACCCGAUAUCGAUGCGGCAAUGCUACUAUGUUAAAACCACCAACCCCUACGAAACACGUUCUCUUGCAUCUUUAUUCUCACGCAUCUUCAUCAAUUAAUUCUCUUCUCUUCUUUCGGUGAUUCUUAUUCAUCUUCUUCUUCUUUCAGGACAUGUUAGUUAAGUAGGUGUAUGCUAUAAAUUCCGCAACCUACCUCCCAAGUUUUGGUCACCGGAUGAGAAUUCUCAAUUGCGUAUAUUAGAUUUUUGCGCCAUGAAUGCAUGAGGAACAAUCUCAACUCUUUCAUUUGUUGGUGAAAGAGAGGCUGGCCUUGCGCCAUGGCUUCCCUUCAACUCUUCCAGCUAACUCAGAAGGGCCAGAAUUUUGCAGCUUCAAGGAGAAGAACAUUGCUACUUGCAACUGGUAUCUUUAUUGCUGGUGGAACUGCUGUAUAUGUGCAAUCGCGGUUUAGAGUUAAUAAACAUGUUGCCUUAGGCCAUUCCAAUGAUUAUAACAAGGAUAAAGAAGACCUCACAAAGGAGGAGGCUGCAAAGGGAAUUACUACAUCACAAAAUAAACAAAAGAAAGGAGGGUUGAAGUCACUUCAAGUCCUUGCUGCAAUUCUUCUAUCUGACAUAGGCCAAUUAGGUGCAAGGAACCUUUUAGCUUUAGUUGCCAUAGUGGUACUGCGGACCACUUUGAGCAACAGGCUAGCAAAAGUGCAAGGCUUUCUAUUUCGUGCUGCUUUUCUGCAACGUGUACCUUUGUUUCUUCGGCUAAUUUCAGAAAAUAUUCUUUUGUGUUUCCUAUUAUCAACUAUCCACUCUACAUCAAAGUACAUUACUGGGACUUUGAGUCUGCAAUUCAGAAAAAUAUUGACUAAAAUUAUUCAUUCUCACUAUUUUGAGAAUAUGGUGUACUACAAAAUAUCACAUUGUGAUGGUCGGAUAACUAACCCAGAGCAAAGAAUUGCCAGCGAUGUGCCAAGGUUCUGCUCAGAGUUAAGUGAAAUUGUUCGGGAUGAUUUAACUGCACUAACUGAUGGACUGCUAUACACUUGGCGGCUGUGUUCAUAUGCAAGUCCAAAAUAUGUCUUCUGGAUAUUGGGCUAUGUACUUGUAGCUGGGACCACAAUCAGAAAGUUCUCUCCUCCAUUUGGUAAACUAAUCUCCAGAGAGCAGCAAUUGGAAGGAGACUAUCGACAGCUUCACUCGCGAUUGAGGACUCACUCGGAAAGUAUAGCAUUUUAUGGUGGAGAGAUGAGAGAAGAAGCCCAUAUUCAGCAGAAGUUUAGGACCUUAGUUAGGCAUUUGAGUAGUGUCCUACAUGACCAUUGGUGGUUUGGCAUGAUUCAGGACUUUUUAUUGAAGUACCUUGGUGCUACAGUUGCUGUUAUUCUGAUAAUUGAGCCUUUCUUUUCUGGCCAUCUAAGGUCUGACAGUUCAACUUUAGGGCGUGCAGAGAUGCUAAGCAAUCUAAGAUAUCAUACUAGUGUUAUUGUUUCCCUAUUUCAGUCACUGGGAACUCUUUUUAUUAGUGCAAGACGGCUCAAUCGACUCAGUGGUUAUGCUGAUCGCAUUCAUGAGUUAAUGGCUGUAUCAAGGGAGCUAAGCCUCGAGAAUGAGAAAUCUUCACUCCAAAGACGAGGAAGUAGAAGUUUCAUAAGUGAAGCUAACUACAUUGAAUUCUCUGGUGUCAAGGUUGUAACUCCCACUGGUAAUGUCUUAGUGGAUGACUUGACUCUUAGGGUUGAGUCAGGAUCGAAUCUAUUGAUUACAGGUCCAAAUGGCAGUGGAAAAAGCUCACUAUUCCGGGUUUUAGGCGGUCUUUGGCCAUUGGUAUCUGGACAUAUUGUGAAACCUGGCAUUGGCUCUGAUCUUAAUAAGGAAAUCUUUUAUGUGCCACAAAGGCCAUACACUGCUGUAGGAACACUUCGUGAUCAGUUAAUUUACCCACUCACUGCAGGUCAAGAGGUUGAAUCGCUUACAGAUAAUGGGAUGGUGGAGCUAUUAAAAAAUGUUGAUCUUGAGUAUCUUUUGGACCGUUACCCCCCUGAAAAAGAGGUAAACUGGGGUGAUGAACUUUCUUUGGGUGAGCAACAAAGAUUAGGCAUGGCUAGGCUUUUCUACCAUAAGCCUAAGUUUGCAAUUCUGGAUGAAUGCACAAGUGCUGUCACAACUGACAUGGAACAACGGUUUUGUACUAAAGUUCAGGCCAUGGGAACAUCAUGCAUUACCAUAUCACAUCGUCCAGCAUUAGUUGCAUUCCAUGAUGUAGUUUUAUCCUUAGAUGGUGAGGGAGGCUGGAGUGUUCGUUAUAGAAGGGAGGACUCUUCUUCUGAAUUGGGGAUUGAUACAAUUAAGGCAUCUCAGACAAAGCGACAGCGUGAUGCAGAGACAGUUCAAGAAGCAUUUGCCACGAACAAAAAGGGUUCUGGAUUCUCAAAGUCAAGGGCACAAUCAUAUAUCACAGAAGUGAUAUCAUCAUCUACAUCCAUGAAUUCUACUAUUUCACCAUCUGCUGUUCCCCAAAUUAAAAGUAAUUUGAGGCCAUUGCCACUAAGAGUAGCUGCCAUGAGCAAAGUAUUGGUGCCCACCAUAUUUGAUAAACAAGGAGCACAACUACUUGCUGUUGCUUUCCUUGUUGUUUCAAGAACAUGGAUCUCAGAUCGUAUUGCAUCAUUGAACGGUACUACUGUGAAGUUUGUGUUGGAGCAGGAUAAAGCCUCCUUUAUUCGACUGAUCAGUACAAGUGUUCUCCAAAGUGCUGCAUCUUCAUUCAUUGCACCUUCUAUAAAACACUUGACUGCCAGGCUGGCCCUUGGAUGGCGAAUUCGUUUGACGAGACAUCUACUUAAGAACUACUUGAGAAAAAAUGCAUUCUACAAGGUCUUCCACAUGGCAAGCAAAAAAAUCGAUGCAGAUCAGAGGAUAACUCAUGACUUGGAUAAAUUAACAAGAGAUUUGUCAGGACUGGUCACUGGAAUGGUAAAGCCAUCUGUGGAUAUUUUGUGGUUCACUUGGAGAAUGAAGCUGUUAACAGGUCAGAGAGGUGUUGGCAUACUCUAUGCUUACAUGUUACUUGGUCUGGGGUUUCUAAGAAUUUUUACUCCAGAUUUCGGUGAUUUGAUAAGUCAACAACAACAACUCGAAGGAACAUUUAGGUUCAUGCAUGAAAGACUUUGUACACAUGCUGAAUCUGUUGCUUUUUUUGGAGGUGGAGCUCGAGAAAAAGCCAUGGUUGAAUCUAGAUUCAGAGAGCUUCUUGCGCACUCCAAUUAUCUUCUAAAAAAGAAGUGGCUGUUUGGUAUAUUAGAUGAUUAUAUCACAAAACAACUUCCUCAUAAUGUCACUUGGGGCCUGAGCUUGUUGUAUGCCAUGGAACACAAGGGCGAUCGAGCAUCUAUUAGCACCCAGGGUGAGCUGGCACAUGCAUUGAGGUUUUUGGCAUCUGUUGUUUCUCAAAGCUUUCUAGCUUUUGGUGAUAUUCUUGAAUUGCAUAGAAAGUUUGUAGAGCUAUCUGGGGGAAUUAAUCGGAUUUUUGAGCUUGACGAAUUUCUGGAUGCAGCAUUAUCUGAAAAUUUCACAAGUGGUGUUAUAUCUCCAGUGAGGAGGGAUAUUCAUUCCACAGAUGUAAUUUCCUUCUCGAAGGUUGAUAUUGUAACCCCUGCUCAAAAGAUGUUGGCCAGGGAACUAGAAUGUCGCAUUGAGCGUGGGGGAAGCCUACUCGUUACUGGACCAAAUGGAAGUGGGAAAAGUUCCAUUUUCAGAGUCCUUAGAGGACUCUGGCCACUUGGAAGUGGAAGACUCUCUAGACCAUCUGAAGACGGGGAUCCAGAGGCUGGAUCAGGUUGUGGUAUCUUCUAUGUUCCUCAGCGGCCUUAUACAUGCUUGGGAACCCUGAGGGAUCAAAUCAUAUAUCCCCUUUCCCAUGAGGAAGCAGAGAUUAAAGCAUUGAAGUUGUAUGGAGAAGGUAAAAAGCAUGCUGACACCAAAAGUAUGUUGGAUGCACGCUUGAGAGAGAUCCUGGAGAAAGUUCGGUUGAGUUAUCUUCUAGAAAGGGAGAAAAGCAGUUGGGACGCCAAUUUAAACUGGGAAGACAUUCUCUCUCUUGGAGAACAACAGAGACUAGGGAUGGCACGCUUGUUCUUUCAAAAGCCCAAAUUUGGUAUCCUUGAUGAAUGCACCAAUGCAACUAGUGUUGAUGUUGAGGAACACCUUUAUGGGCUUGCAAAAGAUAUGGGAAUCACGGUGGUUACUUCCUCACAACGUCCUGCUCUAAUACCAUUUCAUUCGAUGGAAUUGCGGCUAAUUGAUGGUGAGGGUAACUGGGAGCUUCGUCUGAUCAAGCAGUGAUCAUAUACCGAGGUAUUAUUACUAGAUGGACCCUUUAUGUAUCUGACACAUCUUGUCGUGUCUUGCACAUGCUGCCUGUUUUCAAGCAUAAUUUAGGUGUCUCAAUAAACGCAAUUCCCCUUUACUCUAUUUAUGUGUUUUCCACAUUUGCCGAGACUAAUUCUGUUCCGUAGGUGGCAAUUGGCAAGCAACUCUAAUAGCAAUCUGCCACAAUUGUCGAUGAUAAGUUGGUGCACACAAUCAUUGCAUGAUAUAUGCAGUUGAUAUAAUGAUCAAUCAUGUACAAUCCCCUCCUCUUCCUUUCCCUCUUAGGUAGUGUAUAUUGAUUCACAUGUUAUAGCCAUUGGAUGUAAUAAUUAUAUUUAUUAUUUUUAAUCAACAGGAGAGAGAGAGAGAGAGAGAGAGAGAGAGAGAGAGAGAGAGAGAGAGAGGCUCCUGUUUCUUAGGAUAGUAAAUUUUCGAGAGAGACCUAUAGUUGAACCCGAGGAUUCAAAUCUGUGUGUGUAUUUUCUAGUAUACUAAGGUUAUAUAUGUGGGUCUGUUGGUUAAUGGAAGUGCUACUGAUCAGCAUCAAACGUAGAAAACUGAUCGUUGACAAUUGACAUGCAUCACUGCCAUACUCUCCAGCUUGUGACUUUUGAGCCAUCAUAAGCCGGCCCUUACCUCUUCUUGAUUCGGGAUUCCGGUGUCUUUAAUGGUUGGUGAGUGAUAAUGAGAGGGAGAAUAAGCUACUUCAAGAAUUGGUUACGGCAUUAACAUGCGUAGGAUCUCAGAUGGCCAGGGAAUGUUCGAUUGUUCUUGCUGGAAUUGACGAAAGUUACCUAAUAGUGUUUUGUUGUGCAUACCAGAAGCUUUUAGUUUCUACUUUCUUCUUUACUGUAUAAGAUUAAUCUACUGGUCUACUGGUACUGGGGAUUUUCUUUUUGAUAUUCAUUUUUAAAAAUAUUAUUUUUAUACUAU